UAUUUUAUUAUUUCAUCUUAUAAACUUAUUGUAUAAAUUUCAAUUGUUGUAAGUGAGAUCAAUAUAGAACACGCGUGUCAAGUCAAAAGAGGAAUUUGAUAAAGAAAGGGUUUCAACCGAUUCGCCGUAAUUGCAUUAAAUUGGCUCAUCACAACAUUAUCCGUAAUUAGUCCAAUCUUAUUCUGUUUAAAAGCAAAUAUACACUUCCAUGCCAUACACUUAAAACAGUCUUACCAAGAGUAUAUCUGUGCAAAUAUUAUUGAUACUCACCAACCCUAACGGAUGUUAUGACCAUUUAAAUUUACCGUUACCGUCUAUACUGAUUUGACGUCGCCAUCAGUGUAGCAUUGUACAUAAAAAACGAAAAUUUCCUAUUAAAAAAGUUUUUUGCCAUUACACCGUGCAUGUAUGUCAAUUAACAAUCAUUGUGGAUAUUAUUUCUAAAUGUCAGACUCUUUCCCUAGCCUUUUUAGUUGAUAUUGGACUUGACGGUUAUUGAAGAGUAAGAAAAAUACGACCCUGUUUUUUCUCAGUUAUUUUGUCGAACGUCCAAAAGUUUAGAUGUUUUUUAUAACUUUCAUUUCGACAUAGUCGUAGCAAAUCUUGGGAAGAGUCACACAUUUCGGACUAUGUGGAUAGUUGCUGUGGAUUUUAAAUGAUAGGCUGUUGACAUUGCUAUAUAUUCGAGUAAUGGAUUAUAUUAUAUUUUAUUCCGAUAACAUACAAGUUAAGGAUAAAACAAAAUCUUGAUUGCAUUCCGUUUUAAACGUUAUUUCGAAUAGGACAGAACAGCUUCCCCAUAUCUUAAAUAUCAUUUGCAGACAUUUAUUUAGUAGAUUUGUCUAGAUGUAACCUAGUCUAACUUAAUACAACCUCUAACAUUCAUGUACAUAUUGGGAUAUAACGAUCACCCAGCUCUAAUAAAAGCACAUCAGAUCUAAUUGAGUUUGGAUUGUUUCACAAAUAAAAAAACCAAUCACAUUCAUUUAUCUGAAUAAAUCCAGUGUUGUAAACUCAAAUAAUCAUAAAUACCAUGCAAGAUGUUGGUUAUCUUAACUUGUAUGUUUUCUUACAGCAUUAAUAGUAAUCGUGCAUGUGUUUUAUGUAUUAUAUAGUAAAUGAAUCAGUUGCUAUAACCUCAUUUCCACAUGGGAGAGUACGGUUUAUACUCCCUUCUCAAAUUAUUAUUAUUAUCAAAUUGAGAUCUCUUCAAUGGUUUAUAUCGAAUUAGUGGCUUCCGAAUAGUGUUAGUUUAAAAUUGCGUUCCAAUUUAACGCAAACUUGUUUUAACCGGGAUUACUUUUGAUAAAAACUCACAUAUACAUGCAAUUUACGAGUUCGCUAUGUUUUGAGUGUAUAGUAAAUGCCUCACAAACGGUUUCGCGUGUAUACAGAUUAAAUAAAGUUUUAUUCACCUUUUAAAGAUAUUCUAUAAAAAGCCACAUAAUCCUUAUUCACAAAUUCUAGGAUUUACGUAUCUCAUUGAAAAAUCCUUAUCAAAGUUUAAAAGCUCCGAACACUAGUUCAGUUUAAUCUACGUCAUUGAUUUGUAAACAUUUGUCAUAGCCAUGACAAUCACAUUCGUUUCUUUUUCGUUUUAUUUUCUAAUCUUCUCGAAAGUUCAAGACAAAAAAUCGACAUCAAAUGACAGCUUGUUACCGCAAAGAUAUAUAUUGAAGUUUCAAAAUGGAACAUGAUUGAAAUCAUGGUGGAUAUAUUGGUUUAUCAAUAUAGAUGAAAUUAAACAACCGCGCCAAAUUCAAUUAUCCAAAUAUAAAGGGGUAUUCUAUAUAUAAUAGAAGGUUUUCAUUGUCAUAGAUAUGCACGGCAGUAUACAUAUCCAAGCAUUAGUGGAUUCUAAUUUAAAACUGUAACAUUCUUUGGUGAAAACUUGAGAAAAAACGCAUAAGUAAUACCCAAGACCUCCCCCCCAAAAAUCAAUAAAUCAAUAAAAAAUCAAUGUUUUAUCAAAAUUCAAAAACUUAUCAAAAUGGAUCGCCUACCCACCCAAAAUUUAAAAUUUUCGAUGCAACUGAUACAUGUACUUAAAUUUAGUUUGAUUUGAUCAUUUUGUAUGUUUUGAUUGUUGUUGUUAUCCUCAUUCUUCCUCUAUUGUCUAUAUUACAUCAUCACACCCUAUUAAUGACGACCGACUAGUAGGAUCGCCUUGGCUAAUACCAUCUUAAGGUAAGGUGUGGAGAAGCAUUAAGGUAGGGAUAUGAUAUCUAAAUAUUACGUUAUUGACGGGGAAACAUGACAUUUCUAAAUUAAAAAUUGUUGAGCUGCCAAUGAAGAAAUGUCAUUCUUUCACAUCGCCACCAACACGAGUGAAAAUAGUUUCUCACACACUGGGUUAUUUGAAGACUGGGGUGUGGGUUGUGAUUCGAAGUACAUUGACAAUAUAUCUGAUGUCUUGUGUGGUGUAUGCAGGUAUAUAAGGUUCGUUAAAGGUUUUCAUCUAUAGUCGCACUAAAUAAAAGCAUGGUAGACGAUUAAAAUUGGUAGUUUAGUUUUUAAGGUUCAGGUUUUAUUAAAUCGGCUAUAUUUGUUGGAAAUUGAUUUAUACCGAGCCUUAAUGCCAAGAACUUAAAUGAAUAUAUAAAGUAGUAUGUAAUCUAAUAAAUAAUUCAUAAUGGGCGGUAAACACGUUACCACUGAUGUAAGUAAUAGUAGAACAAUUUAUUCUGGGUACGAAGAGAUGGCAUCUGACAAUAGUAUAUACACUAUUUGAAGGUAUGACUUAGACCCGCCCACUUCACUACGUUUACUACUUUCUUCUAUAGGGCUUUCAUUGGUCUUCUUUUUACUAACCUCCGCUUUCAUUUUAUUUAUUCUUGACACUAAAAUCAAAUUACUAAACCAAUUAUAUUAGCAGUUUCUAUGUUUUCAAAGAAAGUGUAUGUAUCCAUUUGUUAAAAAAAAAUAAUAUAACGUUCUUGUUUACGUAUUACUUUAUUUAAAUUUAAUCCAUUAUGUUCUUCCGCAUCAGUAGACCUUUCUUUACUAAAUACGCAUAUAAAUUUAACAAUUGCAAUAUCAAUCAAUCAUUUUCAAUUACAGCAAAAAUCUUUCCUGGCUUCCCACGACCUUGUACCAGACACUUCAUGGAUCAAAAGGACUCUUCACAGCAUAGCGACGACUUUUGGUGUCUGCAUCUUCGUCCUAACUGCCUGCUUAUUGGUCAUUCUUGAAAUAACGGAAAUUCCAGAAGCUGUAUCUCUCGUUGCCAGCAUGACAGCACUGUCCGUCGUGUGGUGCAAACCAAUCAAGUCUUUCGCUUUUAAUAAGGAAUGUCCUUCGGAAACUGCUAGGAAUAACACGAGUCUUGUUCAGACGAUUAUCCGCAUAGCUGGUAUUGUCGGCUUUACGAUUCUUAUUAUUCCAAUGGGUUCAAACAUUACCCUUGAAGAAUCGCCCGGAUAUGUAUUACGUGGCCUCCGGUCUCUGAAGGAAACGGAGUCUCUAUAUACGGGAAUUAUCAUGCACUGUAUAACCGCCUUCAUAGCCUAUGCACUGACUCGUGUUUCCGCAUUUUACACCACCAGCAGAUCUGGUAUAAUGAUCCCAGUUCUUCUUUCUACCGUUUUAUCAACCGUUAUGUUCGUGUACAACUGUCUCGAUAACGUAAUUAAUACAUUCCAUGAAGAAGCCUGCUCAAUCCACGACGGCGGCUUUAUCGUCCUCGGUUUUGUUGCUUUGAUUUGGAUACUCCCUGUACUGAUCCUGCGAAAGAAAUAUUUCAUGCCAUCAGACGUUUUGUUCAAGCCAGAACAAGAAAACUUCAUUACCUAUAACUACUGCAGUGUCUAUUUUGAUCAACACGUCUUCCUGAACUACAAUCCCAAAACGUCGAUAGAACAUCGGAUGUCCAGUCAAUUUAAACGCUCGCGUGUGUUUCUCUGUACCACAAUGUACCGAGAAGCUGAUUACGAAAUGGAACAGCUUCUGAAAAGUCUUGCCAAAGUUUCUAAAUCAACAAAGUUGAAGCUUGCUCGAGUUUAUUUGGAAAGUCAUAUCUUCCUUGAUAACGGAACCGAUGGGUGUACCUUGAAGGAAUUUGCUUUGCAACUGAUGUCUCUUGUUGAAUCAACACUAGAUGUGGGGAGGUCAGAAGGCAGAAUCUUUCAUACACCAUAUGGUAUACAAAUAUCUAGUAUUCUUCCUGGCGGGAUGCCUCUCUUCUUACAUCUGAAGGAUCCAAAUUUCGUGAAAGCCAAGAAACGGUGGAGUCAAGUUAUGUACUUUGAAUACAUCCUCAAUCACAGAAUUAAAGUAACGGAUGCACUAGAACGGAGAUCAAGUUUCGAUAUCUUUCAGAUAUCAGACAAGGACAAGUUACACCUGAUAACGAGCGAUUCCCGAGAAACGGAACUGAUUUUAAGGUUGCAGAGAAAUACUACUGUCCUUAAAGUACCUGACGACGAUCUGGAACAACAGUCUAUCAACAGUAAAAGUGGAUCCCAGAUGAGUUCGGACCAAGGUAUUGAUGAUACCUGUGACGAUAUUUCCACAAUUUCUUCUGAAAACAAGGACGCACAAAGGGUUAACGAUGCUGCCCCAAACAAAGAUGCUAAACAAACGAUACAGUUCCCUCAGCCAGGUUCCACAGAAAACAUUUCGCAAUCUGAAUUCAACAUUAGUAAAUUGAAUCCAGCUUACGAACCCGAAGUAAACGAAAUCAUGCCUACACCAUGGAUGUCCGAAUUCAUGAAUGGAUCAAGAGCAUCGAGUGUCGUACCAACAAUUCGAGAAAUUGCACCUGAUGGCAGUGAAUACCUUCACGAUGGCGGUAUGUUUUCAGCUGAUGGUUCUCUUUAUUUGGAUAUGAGCAUUGAGGAACCCGAAUUUGAUGAUCGUACGUAUAUACUCGCUACUGAUGCCGAUAUGCAUUUCAGUGAUGCGAGUGUUUUGGAUCUGGUGGAAACCUGCAACGAAGAUAUGAGACUUGGUGCUGCUUGUGGACGAACCUAUCCAAUGGGGAAAAAGAUAAACCCUAUUGUUUGGUUUCAGAAAUUUGAAUAUGCUAAAGAUUUUUGGAUGAUCAAAAGUGCUCAGAAUAUAAUUGGAUCUGUGAUGUGCUGUCCGGGAUGUUUUAGUUUGUAUCGUGUAAAAGCUCUGGCUGGAGUUAUGAACCUUUAUUCAGAACCAACAAUGGAAGCCGGUGAUGUCUUUACUAAAGAUACAGGUGAAGAUCGAUGGAUGUGUACGUUGAUGAUGUUACGUGGAUGGAAACUCCGAUACUCUACAUUUGGUGUUAACAGUACUUACUGCCCAGAUACAAUUGAAGAGUUCAUUAAACAAAGACGUCGUUGGAUCUUAUCCGACUUUGCCAAUUCUUUGAUGGUUUUCCGCAAUAUGCCCCAAUUGAUUCGAAGCAACGGUUGUUUCUCCUUGAUCUACGUUCUCUACCUUCUGCAGUUGUUCUUCAUUGUGUUCCUGUCCCCCGGGUCAACUGUUGUUAUGUUAACUGUUGGUUUGGAGAUGCUCAUCAAUGCUCCUUUUAUUAUCCUAACUCCUAUUAUCGUAGUCCUGUUCAUAGCUUACGGUAUAUUGUGCGUUCGGCUGUCGUCCCCGAGUCAGAUACAGCUCACUAAAUUUUGUAUGGUGAUUCUGGGACUUUCCAUGAGUUGUGUUGUGGUCGGGGCAGCCAUAUAUGUUAUCAGAGAUCUUGUUAUUGACGUCAUGGAAGAUAAUCUUCAACCUCAAGAACAUUUUAUAUUGGUGGCACUGACCGGAAGUUUAUUCUAUGCGGCUAUGUUACAUCCACGUGAAUGCUACACACUCGUGCACGGACUCUUUUAUAUCUUUUUCUUCCCGGCCAUGCACAUGCUGCUUCCCAUCUACGCCUUGUGUAACAUUGUUGACCAAACCUGGGGAACUAGAGAUAAUCAAAAGGCUAAAAUACCCAAAUUAUUAUGUUUCCCUAAAUUCCGACGAAAGAAGAAGAAGAAGAAAGGCAUGAAAACCAGUCCUAGCACAGAGACACUUGAUUUAGAAACGGAAAUGACUCCCGAACAGUUGAAAGGAAUGUCGGAGGAGGAGCAGACAUUUUGGAAUGAUCUUGUUUUAAAGUUUAUUGGAAAGGAUGUGAAUCUGGGUUUAGAAAAGGAUGACCUGGCGUCAGGAUUGAAUAGCCUUCGAAUUAAGGCCUUGGUGGCCGUGUUGAUAUCAAAUGUUAUAUGGGUGGCGGUGAUUGGAUAUUUCUACCUAUCAGCCGUGGAUGACAAUUCACUAAACGGGUACGCCGUGAUGAGUGGGGCCUUGUACGGCUUCUCGUUUUGCAUACAAGUUGUGGGUAUGACAGUUUACAGAGCCAAGGACUGCAUUCAUAAGUUGGGAAAAGCCAUCUUUAAAAUGGAUAAACCCGUCUGGAUAACCAAACCGGACGAUAGUCAUAAUUAACUAGUGAAUAUUUGAGUAUAAUAAUAAUAAUGAAAAAGUAUAAAAUUGCAAACUAUAGUGUUGACAGAUGUUUUGAUCACGUGGAUGAUUUUUCCGACACGGGUGAUUACUCUGUUACACAAAAUUGCAGAAAUUAUGAAAGACAAUUUUUGUAACGGUGGUUAUCAAAGUGCGAUAGAGACAGUUGUGAUUCAAUGGGAUAUUUAGUCUUUUUUGACCUAGUCGUAAUAUAUUAUUAACAAAAGGAGAAUUUAGAAAACAGAAGAUGGGCCAGGGGCAGGGUAUAAAUAUAUUAAUUCUCACAGCUGUUAUUUAACGAAAUGUGUCUCAGAAGAAUAAGCGGUUGGUCUAACUUCCAAAACACAAACGGCAAACUACAAACCUGGUCUCGAUGAUCCUGUCUCUUCUAAACUAACAGCUAGAUAGUUUCUAGGGUUUGUUUCCAUGUCCCUUUUUAAGGUAGUCAUGUUAAACAUGUGAAAGAAAUGUUGAAAUUAUAAUUCAUUUCUUUUUAACUCUCCGGUAUAUCCAGUUUUUUUCACAAACGUGCCGCGAUAUCAUUUAAAGAGACACAGUGUUCGAGCUCAGUUUGUGGUUCGUGGUUUGGAAGUUAGGCCAACAGAUGACUGUGUAUUAUUGGAUGUGUAAAGAUGUACAUUAAUGUAGAUAUUUGUAAUAAAUUAUGUAAAUCAUC